UUUUUUUUUCUUUUUAUUUAUUCCAACAAUUCAUACUGAAUUAUAAUAAUGUCUGAAGCAGCGUUUCCUGCUUUAAAAACAAAUAAUACAUUUGUUCUUGAUGGAACAAACAGCAUUGAAAAUAAAAACUCUAAAGUGAAAAGGGAUGGUUUUUAUCAUUCACCCAUGUCAUUACUUGCUCUUUUAGAAACAUUUCAACAAAGUGAUCAUAAACAUGUCUUUAAAAGUUUUAUUUUGGAUAAUAAAUUCGAAGAAAACAAGUCUGAUAUGAUGAGUAUUCAAGCCGAUAAUGAAUUAAUUGAAUCAGUAGAGAUAAUGAAUAAUACGGAAGUAACUAGAACGACACGUAUUAUUUGUCAAACGUGUCAUGUCUGGUUCACUAUAAAUCAUACUAAACUGAAUAGUGAAGAAAAUAGAUGCAGUGGUCUUGAUUAUCCCUGUCAUCAUUAUCAUGCACAAGGUUUUAAUGUAUAUCAAUGUUGUGGCUGUGACUAUACAGUUGCAUUUGAACUACAAGAACCCCUUUUACCUAUAAAAUUACUGGAACGAUUAGAGGCAACACGACCUAAAGCAAGGUCUUAUGCUGAACUUAUGCAACAAAACAAAGAUCAACCCGUCACACCUACUUUAGUCACUACCUAUUCGACUCUCUUAGUUUACCUUCAAGACUUACUCAAGGGUAUUAAGCGUAACAUUAAUAAAAAUAAUCCACAUUUCUUGGCUCGCGUUGGGCUCGAUGAUGGCAGUCAGGCAUUAUUAGAAGAGAUUGGAUUUCAACUUGAAGAUAAUUACUUUCUUCCACCUGAUGUAAUUCAACCCUUACGUCUUGAACAGAUUGAACAAGAAAUUUUACUAGCAUUAGAUGUCUUACGUCAAGAGUUGGGCUCUACUACAGUUCCUUUCACAGCCAAUGGAAUGACGAUUAAAGUAAAGACAGCGGAUAUGCAACAUGUAUUAGGCAUUAUAUCCUCAAUAGAGACACGAUAUAGAGUUGAAGAUGAUUAUGUCAAUAAAGCUUAUACCUCAUUCGGUCUCACUUCAGGGGCAUCAGAUAGAUUAGUAGAAUGGACCUAUAAGAAACUAAUGAAUGAAUCUAUUGUAAUUAUAGAUGAAUAUGAAGCCAUUGAUCAUUUAGUUACUAUUGCCAAUUAUACAAAUUCAACUCUAUUACAGACAUUAAUUGCAUGUGAACGAAGUAAAGGAAAGAUAGGUAGAAAUGAUAUUGGAGAUGCAUAUGCUUAUUUUGGGGUUCUACCCGAUACAGCGGAUGAUCGAUUAUUGAUUGGAUUAUAUCAAAUAAAGAUGACAGAUGAGCCCUUAGAAAAGAAUACACAUCAAGAUAAAUUAAAGACAAUUGCCAUUGCAAGACAUAGUUCAGAAUUAAUAGAUUUUUUAAAAAAAGAAAAAGGAAUUCCAUUAACAGCCAAUAUAAAAUCUGUUGAAGACAUAUUAGGUGUACCUGCUCAAAUGAUAAAUAGUCAGCAAACAGUACCUGUUGGCUUGAAUAAUAUCGGAAAUACAUGCUAUUUUAAUAGUUUAUUACAGUAUUAUAAUACUUUUAUACCUUUUCGUGAAACAAUGAUUCAUAAUGAAUUAUUUGUUGAAGAUGAAAAUAGUGAACCAAAAAAGAUUGGUGGAAUUAAUGUAGAUCAAUCAGAGAUUCGUCGUGCAAAGAAGUUUGUCAAUUUACUUAAAGAACUCUUCUUAAAUCUUCAACAAAGUCAAGAAAAAGCUAUUUCACCUCAAUAUGAUUUGGCUUACAUGGCAUUAUUAAAUAAAAAAGAGGAUGAUGAAGAUGUAGAUGUUCCAGACACAAAUGAAAAGAAUACAAUGAGUUUACAAAAGACAGCUUUAGAAAGUGAAUCUUCAAAUACGAUAAGACCUCAUUCACCACCUCCCUCCUAUGAUGAAUUAGAUGAUGAAAGACAAGGUAGUAGUAAAGGAGUAAUAAAGGAGAGACCUAGUGUGGACACAAUGAUGUUUGGUAAACAACAAGAUGUAACUGAAUGUAUGAGUAAUGUCAUGUAUCUUGUUGAGGCAGCACUUAAACCUUUAUCAAAGACAGAAGAUGGCGAACAAAUAGAUGAUAUGAUUCGUCGUUCAUUUUAUGGAAAGGCUAGACAAAUCCUUUCUUAUCGUGAUAAUAUGACACAAAAGAUAGUCAAGAAAGAAAUGGAAGAGGAUUUUUCACAUGUUAUUGUAGAUGCAUCAGAAGGUAAAGAUCUUUAUGAUGGAUUAGACGAAUAUUUUUUUGCAGAUCAAGUAGAGAAUUUCCAAGGAGGAUGUGAAGUGACGCGUGAAGUUACUGCGAAAUCAUUUCCACCUAUUCUUCAAAUCCUAGUCCAGAGAGUACAGUUUGAUAGAGCUACAGCCAAUAUAUAUAAAUCAAACGCGUAUAUUCAAUUCUAUAAGACUAUCUAUUUAGAUCGAUAUGCUGAUGAAAACUUUGAAGCUUUAAAAGAGAGAAGAGCUGAAGUAGCUCUUUGGAGAAUGGAAAUGGAAAAAUAUGAAAGACAAGUAGCAAAAUACACAAAGUCAGAGAUUUGUAAAAUGCCUAUACCUGAUUUAUUAGAAGCAUCAUGUCAAGUAUUGGAAGAAUUUAAAACUGAAUGUCCUACAGAAAAAGAUAAGGAAAGACUUGAGCAUGUUUUAGAUUUUAUAAAAAAGGAAUCUAAAGAAAAAAGAGAAAUCAUUCAAGAAGGAACAAAUAAGAUACAAGAAUUAAGAUCUAAAAUACACAGUCAAUAUGAUGAUUAUAAUCAAAUAGCUUAUCGUUUACAUGCUGUCUUUAUUCAUCAAGGACAGGCAAAUUAUGGUCAUUAUUGGAUCUAUAUCUUGGAUCAUAAAAAUGAUCAAUGGUGGAAAUAUAACGAUUCGUUAGUCACUAAAGUACAGGAAAGUGAAAUAUUCCAUAAUACAACUGGCUCUACUGCCAAUCCUUAUUUCUUGGUCUAUGUAGAUGAAAGUAAAAUGAAUGAUUUUGUAGAAACAAUCGUGACAAGAAAACCCACCAAUCAUAUCAUUGCGGAUGCUGCAUAAGAAGUUAAAAAUAGAAUUCACUCUAAU